AUCUGAGCACUAUAAGAGCGCUCCCGCGGGGGCGCCCCCUCGUCCUUCCCCUGGACCGCGGGGUUGGGCGGUCGGUGCCCGGUAUGGCGCUGACCGGGCCCUCAUCCCCAGCUCCUCGCCGGGCCCCGUCAGCCUCAGGCCGGCCCCAUUAGCCUCAGCCGAACCGAGGCAUCGCCGCCGCCAUGAGCUCGCGGCAGCCGGACGCUCCCGCGCUGGAGCAGGGCGGCGGGGCCCGCCCCGGUAAGAUGUCGCUACCCCUCGGUGUGCCGCGAAGGGCCUUCAGCUACGAUGACGCCCUGGAGGACACGGCGCCCAUGACGCCGCCGCCCGCCGACCUCUGCGCUAACGUGCUCUGGAAGCAGCCCGUCAUCCCCGGCCGCAAGUACCAGGAGCUCUCGAAGAUGGAGGAAGGGGAUGUUGACAUGAAUGCACCCACCAUGACUCCUUCAUCAUCCACUGAAAGCGUGAACAGGGUCCCUGUGGUGAAGGCCAAGGCCACUCACAUCAUCAUGAACUCUCUCAUUACAAAGCAAACUCAGGAGAGCAUUCAGCGCUUUGAGCAGCAGGCAGGGCUGAGAGAUGCUGGCUACACCCCCCAUAAAGGCCUCACUACUGAGGAGACCAAGUAUCACCGAGUAGCUGAGGCAGUGCAUACACUAAAAAUGCAGAGUGGAGAGAUGACAAAAGAUGAGAAACAAACUUCUUCUGCUCAGUCCACUCCAAGCAGCACUCCCCACUCCUCUCCCAAGCAUAAAACCAGGAGUUGGUUUAGUUCAGGAUCCUCUACUUCUAUUGCUGGCCCAGACUUUGCCACGGAAGCUGUUGGGGACAAAUUGCCAUCAGAAAGAUGGAGCUUUUUUGGACCUAAAGCCAUCCAGAAAUCCACCAAUGAUCCAGGAGGAUUUACCAUCCAGUCCUAUAAGGGUGCCCAGAAACCGUCCCCAAUGGAGCUGAUGCGUGCUCAAGCUACUAGGAUGCCAGAGAAUCCAAUCACCUUCAAGCCACCCAAAAUGGACAUUCCAGUCACAGAAGGGAGGAAACAAUCUCCACGUUCUCAUAAUAUCAAACCUCGGGAUUUGAAUGUGCUCACUCCCACUGGGUUCUAGGAAAGCUGCUUCUGGUGUCUUUAGUGGGCUACAGGGUGUCUUAGGCUCUGCUUCCCUGCCCCAUUGUGCUGCAGUAAGAUAGGAAUGUCUCCCUUCCAGAUCUUCAUCUCAGAAAAGGAAGCAGUUGUGACUGUCCUCCUGAAGCAGGUCUUAGAAAAACUUCUGCACUGGUACUAAACCAGUGCAUACCAUCCUGUCUGCUGUAUUGCCCCAAUUUGGUCUGCUAGGCUGCACUGGAUGUGCUUUCUGCUACAUGACACCACAGUAAAACCUUGAACUGUGUUUUGUGGGACAGGACUGCAUGUGAUGUGCAAACAGGCUGGCUUGUCUACCUGUAGUCUGAUUGUCUUGUCCUGCUCAGUGCUGAAGUACUCUUGGGAAGAUUGUGGUUCUGUCUGGCAUCUUCAGAACACCAGCAGAAAAUGAAGGAAACAAACAAGGACUGAAGAUUGGACCAUUAAGUGCCAGAAGUUUUUUCUGGGAAUGUGGUGGGUCAGUUUUAAAUGUGGCACUUCCUCAGCAUCCAGUGUGACCUUUAAGUUCAACACCUAAUACUAUUUUGUAAAAGAAAAGUGCAGCAGUGACUGUUCCAAGAUGCUUUUAUUAGAAAGGCAGAGAACAGAAUCUAAUGGGGCUUGGCAGCAAUGAGAGAAUUGCUUCUCUUCCAACUCUUCUUGUUCCUCCAAAAAGGUGGAAAUUACUAGAGCUUGAAUCAUGUAAUUCUUCUCUCUUCUUUCUGCAAAACAAGUGUCCUAUCCUCUAGUCAACAGACUUAGAGAUGUUCUGGCACUCCGUGUGCUGCUUGAUAUUUUUUUGGGGGGGGGGGGGCUUUUUCUAGUUUCUGGAAUCUUGCGUGAAUCAUGUAGGAGUGUAUUAGGCACAAAGGACACUUCUCAAAUAGGACUUGGUUUCAUUAAAUGCAUUUUGCAGGGCUGGGGCAGGGACUGAAGGCAGAUCAAGGCUAAAUGUUCCUCCCUGCUACGAUACAGCUAUGUGUAAUUUUUGGCCUAGUCAGAACCAAUUUCUGGGAACAGCUAACACUUAUUUUCAUGUGAAGUAGAAGGAACUCCUAGGAUACUAUCUAAUCCCUUAAGCAUUAUAGACAGUGUUGCUCUAAUCUUCACCUGUCCUGUGGCAAACAGGUCUCCUCUUGAUCUCAUAGCUGUGCUGCAGAGCUCCCUCAGCCACAGGCUUUCUGUGGGUGUGAGGUGGCAGCAGCAGCCUUGCAUCUGGCACUUGAAGCUUCUCUGUUGCCAGGACAUUUACAGAAGUUAAUUAACAGCUGGUAAGCUUUGGGGUUUCUGUAGUCUUAAACCAAACAUUCCUCCUGGAGGGGGUGAGGCAGGGUUGGCUCCCCUGGCUGUCUGCUCUCUCCUCAGAAGCAGCAGGUUUUGUGGCUCUGCUUCCUCUCGAGCUUUGACAGCACUUUUGGUGAUGUUGUGUUGAAAGUCUCCCACCCAACCAAGCAGUUUUUUGUCACCUCUUGUUUGCACUUUGGCAGUCAGUCUCAUUUGAGAUUAAUUUAUUUGUUGUCUUUAUUAAUGUCUCUAAUGUGUGUGAUUUUUGUUACAAGAAAAUAAAAUCCUUGUGAAUGGA